AUGAAUCUCAUCCACCCCCACUGGUUUGCCACUGUGGAGCUAGCAAUCUACCUCAGUGACCUCAGCUUUGGUGAUGGUCUGAGCACCUUCCUGCAUCUCUCCCAAGGACUCCAAGAAGGCUGGACGCAGCUGCAGGAACAACUGCUUGUUGUGCCUAACGCUAAGGCCGCCUCAUCAUCUAAGGCCCAGCGCACCGGGGCGCGGUUUGGCCAGGCGUCGUUCAUGCCGACACCCGGCUACCACGGCGCCUGGGUGCAGCAGCGUAAGGUGCUUGCCAGAUCCCGGGGCAGAACGUCUCUUCCUCCCGUGUUCGAGAUCUUCACGGAGAACCGAUUCUCCCCUCUCCGCGAGUCGGCAAAGCCUGUAGUGAAGGUGAAUCCAGAUCAGCCUGUGUUCAUUGGAGAGACAGUCACUCUCACAUGUGACACACAGACAGGAGAAAAUACUCAGUGGAUCAAAUACAGCUGGAUUAAAAACAGUUCACCAGCUCCAGGCAUUGGUGAGAGAGUCUACGAAAUCACAUCUGUGUCUGAUGCUGAUGCUGGUCAAUACAGCUGUGAGUUAUCAGACAUCAGCUCACAGACAUCAGUCAUCAGUGCUGCUGUUACACUGACUGUAUCAGAGAGACCAAAGCCUGUAGUGAACGUGAGUCCAGAUCAGCGAGUGUUCAUUGGAGAGACAGUCACUCUCACAUGUGACAUACAGACAGGAGGAAACAUUCAAUGGACCAAAUACAGCUGGAUUAAAGAUGGAGACACUCGCUAUCAAUACUAUCCACAAACAAAACCAUCAACAGUAGACUGGAGUUUCAGAGCUGAUUCUGUAUAUUUUGGUGGUCAAUACAGCUGUAGAGGAGAGAGAUCAGACUCACAGACAUCAGACAUCAGUGAUGCUGUUACACUGACUGUAUCAGGUGAGGCUCUAUAA